AUGGCUGAUCAAGUCAAACACCAGCUUCCCACUUCCACGAUCCAUAGGAUCCAGGAGCAGAUGGCCAGCGAGAUCUUCAAGCUUGCUGGGAGAGACCCAAAGCAACACGCCGCGUGUUUUACAGCAUGUGUUAAAUUGAUCGAGAACACCAAAGUCGUCUAUGCGACAAACAUGAACAGCUGGUUGAACGACAACCCAAUUACUAUCGGAAAAGUUCUCGAUGACUUCAAGAGCACAGACCGAACUGGGAGGACCAGUAAUCUCUGUAUGAUUCCAGCCACUACAGCCGUCGUCAUCGCCGCCGCCCUGAACCAGCAACAUAUCUGUGUUGAUGGGAAGAUGAACCAGCACGUCACUAAAGAAGUCUCCCAGAUUUGGGCGUACCUUGGAAUCGCCAUCGACGUCUGGCCUGAAGUUGAAGAUUCGCAGUUUUUCGUCAAAACAGACCUGGGGAGUUUGGAAUACCCAGUCGUCAGAAAGAUUUCCCGUGGAAAAUUUGUUGUAAAAACCCCCGAAACGGGAGAGGAACUCACUCCUCUGAUGCUACUUGCUACUGCAAGGUUGAAUGGGUGGGUGACUCCGUCUCCAGAUGCUUCCUGGUUGAAGAAGGCCAAGGUCGACUCUGAACAAAUCAUACACCGACGGAAAGCGCUGAACGACGGGAAGAGAGUCAUCGACAAGCUUGGCAACCGAAAAUAUAAACAGAACGACAAGAACUUUAUGCGAGAGAUGAAAGCAUGGCUGUCUGAGCCCGUGAUCCGAAACGAUAAAGAUUGGCUUCCUAUCAUCGACGCAGCGGAGGAGGAUCUAUCUGUAUGGAGGUUCGCUGGAAAGGCCGAAGCGACCGUUGCUACUUUUUUCUCUGACGACAUAGACUGGCAGAAACUUGCACUGAACGUUCGAGACCAAGAUUCGACGAGAGCCAUCAACAAACUAGUUCAACUAGCUGAACAGGCUCAAGAAAUCCAAAGAUCUCAGAAAGACUAUCUUCCACACGCAGUACCCAGCCUAAUGGAGAUUCGAAAGACCCUUAUAGAGGAUAAGGCUGACAGCCCGCCGUCCCAAGCGGUUUUCAGCUCAGCUUUGAAUCAAUGCUUCCUAAGUCAGGAGGCCAACGGCCGAAAGAAUAUUUUGGUCGGCGCACUUCAACGACUGUUCGACAACAUUGUCGAUGUUGUCUCUAUUAACCACCCGCUCUGUAGCGCCUUUUUUGACCUCGCAUCAAAUGUUGACGAGGUUGUGAUCUCGUGUAUCGAUCUCAACGUCGAUCGAGCAAAGAAGAGACAUCAGCACAGGCUUAAGUUGAACGACGAACUGAACUGCAGAAAUGAAGUGGUUACCAGUGUUGCAGAAACAAUCACCAACCUUGAAACGGAUCCAACUACCCCUGGAGCAGUUCUUCGUUCUAGAAUUUGCUCAAUUCUUGACUCAGCGGAUGCCUUGACCAUCCAAGAGAGCCUUUCUCACCGGGUCAAGAUUGUUGUCCGAAGCCGGGGUAGCGAUGAAAAUGCCCAAGAAUGA